UACAGGGCGGUGUUCUCAGGCGGAGAGAGGGACUGACUGGGGUGUGUGAAACACAUCUGGAAUAGUAGCUACAGAGAAAGAGUCGAGAGAAGAAGGACGGAGUACUUUCCCAACUCUUCACUUCAGCACUCCCUUUCCACGGAUUCAAACCCUUUACCUCGAAUUUCUAUCCACUUGAAACAUGCUGCUCAUCCUGCUUGGAGUGCUCAUCUUGCACUUAAUCAUUCUCAUUCUACUCAUCGUUUCAACAGCAGCCAGUGCCUGGUCUGUAGGUGGGGAUAGCAGCACAGAUCUGUGGUAUAGCUGCAAGACAACUAAUGGAGGCUACCACUGCAAGGCAGCCAGCAAUGAAGACUGGAUCCAAGCAGUGCAAGCCCUCAUGAUCCUGUCCGUGCUCUUCUGCUUCUUCUCUCUCAUUGCGUUUUUGUAUCAGCUAUUCAAAAUGGUCAAGGGUGGACGUUUCUUCUUCACCGCUAUAUUCCAGAUCUUGGCAUGUGUGUUUGUGAUGUGCGGGGCCAUUAUCUACACUGUGAUGAGUCCGGAUGAACCCCAGAUACAAUUCGGGUAUGCCUACGUGCUGGCCUGGGUGGCUUUCCCUCUUUGUCUCAUCAGUGGCCUCAUUUAUAUCGUCCUGAGGAAGAAAGAAUGAGAGGUGGAGCAGAGAAGAAAAGAAGUAGGGGAUAGUUAAGAUGCCCCUCACCACAACAUCGCACUGUGCCUACUGCCCACAGACUAUAGACUGACAUCCCAACACUACAACAAAAGUGCACGUCACCAACCAUUGUAAACACAAAAUGAUGCCAUUUAUCACUGCUGCGGACAUUUCUUUCCUUUUUUGUUUUUGUAUGUCAGUAUCCUUCAUUUUCUCAACCCAUGCAGAAAAUAUCUCGCCUGUUUCUGAAUUCUAACAAACGCCGAUUUGUGCUAAACCUGUUUCGCGCAGUGACAGAGUGUCUUCAGAGUGUGUUUAGAAAUGUGUUAACUUUUGCUGAACUCGAGCACCUGACUUCCACAAAUCCAUCUUGUGUGAUAAGUAAGUAACCUUGCCUUGCUUCAGUGCAAAGAUGUACAUAGUGUCUGUGGUUUUUAGACAUAUUUAUAACAUUUUUACAUUCAUUGUGUACAUAGUGUUGUCACGUUAACAUUGUCAUGCUCAUUUACUUGAUAGAGUUUGUGUCUCUCCCAAAUCAUGCAGCUGUGCCAAAGAGAUGUCGCUUCAAAUGCCUGCCUAUCAAUCGUUUAAAAAUCGUUUUGUCUUUUGCUUUUGAACAGUGUGCCUUACUUAAAAUGUCUGUAUUCUGAUUGAAGGAAAUUAGAAAAACCUUUUGAAAUGAUAAUAAUAAAAAAACGAGUGAAUAAACUCAUGAAGUUUUUCUGUACUUGAUAUACCACGUAAAAAUAUUUUGCAUUGUAUCUACUCUAGUUUUUAAAAUGGUGCUUUUUUAUUCUUGAAAUGUGUAGCCCACUGUGUGUUGCAAGUGUCUUGUCCUGUGAUUAAUUAGCUUUGUAAAAACUCAAUUUUGCAUUUUGUCAGUAUUCUUAAUAAACUUUUUAAAAUGAA